UACUCUGUAGACACCAAGGUUACAUAUUAAUCGCUCUGUUUCACUCAGGACAAGGGGAAACACGCACUCCAAGGCAUGCCACCUGUUGCAUCUUUCCGAGGGUGAUAUGACAGAAAGUAGCGCUUCCAUAGACGACCGAGUUUUAUCGGUCGUUCCACGUAGACAGGAAGAUAUCAGAGUAGUGUUUCACAAAGUUGCCGAUAUCGAAGACGAGGAAGACGAUGUACACGCAACAGAGAGGGUUCACUUACAAAGUAACAGUCAUGAUUCACCGUGUAUCAGUAAUGAUGAUGAAAAGGCAGGCAGCAACACAAAACAAGUGGACAACACCAAUGCCAUUCUUCGGUUCUGUUCCCGGUACACAUGUUGUAGAACUGACUGCAGCGAUGGGAAUCCCAUCCCGGCCGGGGGAGAAACCCCGUUUGAUAAAGAACCAGAGAAGAAGCGCAAGUGUCCAGGCUUGGGUAUUUUCUACAGUCUCCUGUCCACAGUGUUCUUCUCUGUCAUCGCCCUCCUGGUGAAGAGCAUCGAGGGCAUCCAUGCCAUAGAGAUCAGCGCCAUUCGCUGCUUCUUCCAGAUGCUGUUUGUCAUGCCUCUGCUGCUCUAUCACAAUAUUGGAUUCCUGGGCCCGAGGGACAAGCGUGUUUACCUGGUGCUGCGUGGCCUCCUGGGCUCCAACGCCAUGAUCCUGCUCUACUACGCCGUGCAGCAGAUGCCCCUGGCGGAUGCCACCAUCAUCAUGUUCUCUAACCCUGUCUUCACCUCCCUGCUUGCCUGGAUUUUUCUUAAGGAGAAGUGCACCAUUUGGGACUGCGUUUUCACCGUUUUCACCCUGGCAGGGGUCAUCCUCAUUGCCCGGCCGCCCUUCCUCUUCGGGGCGCGUACGGAGGGUAUCGAGGGUGACUACACCAAUCACCUCAAGGGGACAAUCGCUGCCUUCGGCGGCGCCAUCGCUGCCGCGUUUGUCUUUGUCGUUCUCAGGAAGAUGGGGAAGAGUGUCCACUACUACCUCUCUGUGUGGUACUACGCAGUCAUGGGCUUCAUAGAGUGCGUCAUCGUUCUGUCAGUGAUGGAGGAGUGGACUCUGCCCUUCUGUGGGCGGGACCGCUGGAUCCUGAUGUUGAUUGCGGUGCUGGGGAUCGCUGGGCAGAUCUUCCUCACCAAGGCUCUGCAGAUAGAGAAAGCCGGGCCUGUGGCCUUGAUGAGGACGGUGGACGUAGUUCUGGCCUUCACUUUCCAGUUCCUCUUCUUUGACCAUAAGCCGACCUGGUGGAGCCUGGGAGGGGCUCUGUGUGUGGUGGUCAGCACUAGUGGGGUGGCCCUCAGGAAGUUGUAUGCCAACAAGAUGAAGAGUUGACUUAAAGAUGCACAAGAAAACCCUUGUCUUAAUAAGGGUUAAUUUAAAAACAUGUUAUUAUUAAGUUAUUAAAUGUUAACCAUACAAAAUGAGAAAACCUUAAACGUAAAUGUAUUUAAUGAUGAUGUCAUAGACCUGACACCUGAUGUGUCAUACAAUAUGUUUUAGAAGAUGUCAUUUGAUGAUGUCAUAUAAUGCUGAUGUUUGAGGUAAACCAAAGAAACUUCUUACACAACGUUACUGUAAGGUUUUACAUUCUCAGAGAGAUGCUGGAUAUUGAUACUUUUCGUAUUGAGCAUUUAAUUAUAUACAAUCUUUUUGUAACCCAUAUAGUCUGGAAAUGGUUAAAUGUGUGACAGAGGGAACUUAAGAUGAAAGGUGUUUGAAAAACAUUUUUGCACUUGGAAAUAUUGAGGGUUAUAAUUUUGUGUGAUCAAACGCACAUUUCCAUUCUAUUUUCCCAGUGGUAAUAUACAUUAGCAAUAAAUAAAAAAUGUCUAGUAACAAACUGGGAGAAAACCAGUUGCUGGUAAAACAGAAUGAUUCAUACAUCAUAUCAAA